AUGAGUGACCUAGCUAUCUCCACAUCGUCGGACAAUCCCGUGGGACGACCACUUGUCGUCGCCGGAUGCACCUUUUCGUCACCGGAAGAGAUUUUUGCGCAAUUGCGGACUUGGGCCGCGGAACUCCCAAAGGAGACAUACGUACAGCAUUUCCAUGAAGCCCUUGGCGAAGUGAAUCGUGCGGUGGGAAACUAUGACCUCAUAAGGAACACUUUCCUUAUACACCUAUGGUCCGUGGGCAAAGACACCCUCGGGGCCGAUUUCGCGAAGAUAAGGAAGAAGAACCGACACAUAUGGUCUAAGGCUGAACAGGCUGUCCGCACGACAGCAAAGAAUCAAAGAGCCUGCAAUGCAGCCACGAAGAAGGUCAUCAAUAGAUGGGGAGAGGCGAAAGCAGCGGAGUUUCUGGGCAUCAACACAGCCCAAGGCUGGCGCGGCGCAGCCGGCCGCUUGGCCACGGUCUGUACAGAUUACGACAAGGCCAUGGACUAUCUAGUUCAUGCCUUAGUCCAACGGCUACAGCACGUGGGCCGUGGAAAGUCCCGAUAUCUUGAUCCCGGCAUCGUAGACAUCCAGACGGCCAUCAACCUCUACAAGGAGGACCCCAGCCGCCCCCCUGUGGCCAGCGAGGUUCUUGCUGAGCUUGGCAUCCGGAGGAAUGCAAUGGGGCUGCUCAGCACCGGGGCUGAGACCAUUGAAGCUCCCAUUGCCGGCCCUAGCUUUGAGUGGGCGUCUACCGAGCCCCAGCUGUCACUACCUCAGGUGAUCAUAGAGGAUCUCUCAGACUUGUCAUCGGACGCAGAACAGGAAGAUGCGAAACUCGAAGACGCGCAACUCGCCCGAACCCCUUCUGCUGACGCGGCGCCCAGAACUGUUCCCAAUGUGGAUUCUGCUGCAGACGAGCUGCGCAAGCGACUGGCCGAGUCUUCCCAGGUAAUGCCACAGCCAGAACAGUCCCUAAUCGGAGCAGAUGGGGAUGGAGAUACCGAAGAACCAACAGCCGUUCAUACAGACGCCUUGGAUGUGGCCGCCGGCUCAGCGGCUCCAGCCCCAUCCACGGGGACUGGGUCCUCUUCAGGUGCCCCAAUGACCCUGCAAACCCAGCCUACCAGCACACAGCGCCAAAAGCGGAAGAGGGAAAAGGCACCAGUGUUCACCCCAAGCAGAGAGAACAUCUCCCAACGAAAAGGAGAGACGGCUACGCAUGUGGCUGUACCAGUUGCUCAAGCACAACCCACAGCGGCACCAAGCGCUCUGGAAAAGUCAGCUGGACCUAUUCCUGCUAUUACUGACCCCGUCAAAAGAAAAGACAGCCAGGUUGAGGGGGCGUCCGACUGGGAGGACGAGGAUUUAGGGUCGCGUGUGGGCCUUCCUCUCCCGUCUGCUCAUCAUCCUGAAACCCGGAUUCAGGAUGAUGAGGCCGCCCGCAAAUCAGGAAUCAUGAAAGACUUAUUGAAUCGUCUCAAUGCCUUCAACAACAUCGAGCCCGAACAUGCAUUAACAGAGAAAACCCUUCAAGGGAUUCAUAUCUACGAUUGGUGGGAUCAUACAUUCGUCAACAAGACGCCAAUGACUACCUGCGCACUGCUUGAGCUGAAACGCUUUGAGCACCACUAUGGAAAGCAGCUGGAUAGCUACCAGUUCGCACUCUUCCAGCAGCUGGCGGAGAGUGACCCCGUUUUAUGGCUUUUACAGGCCCUUUUCUGGGGGUGGAAAGUAUCACAGCCCAUGAUGGCAUCCUCCCCUACCAUCUGCCAACGCGCAACUUUGCUUCCAGUCGAGAGUUACGCGCUGAGCACUGCUAUGGUUAUUAGACCAACUCUACUCCCAGUGCCAGUGAUAAUAGAGCUAUCAAAAGGGGCUUUGAGCAGCAAGCUGGAGGUAGUUGAGACACUCCAAAAGCUCCGCUUCGAAAGGCGGCCGAUCCCUUUAGAUAUUCGAGAAGAGUCACUGCAAGAGGUAAAAUUCAUUGAAAAUGCACCCAUCCUACAGGGCAUUAGCCCAUUAUCAGAUGCUAUUUUGGGCCGGCGCUCCUAUCUGGAUUCUGAAGUACAAGAAGAGAUCAAGAUUCUCUUAGGUGAAGAUAGGAACAAGGCAUGGGAAUGGAUCCUUGAUUGGAGAAUGGCCGCCCGUGCAUCUAUUCAGCUCAGCUAUAAGCUGUUGAUAGAGACAGAGAGGGGUAGAUUCACCGAACACGCGUUUGUGUUCUGA